UCAUCGAGUACAAGACGGAUCUUAAGUCAAUAAUGUCACAUUACAAGAUAUUUGCGUGGGGAGAUGGUAAAGGAAUAGCUCCAUUCGAUGUGUCCUCCACCAUACUUAAUUACUUAAUAAACGAACGGACACUGAACGAAACAUUUGAAAUAGUUCCCAACUCUAACAUUUUCAACUCCCACUCAGGGAGACUUCCUAUUCUCAUAGGACCUGAAUCGUUUCAGAUCGAAGGUUUUGCUGAAAUUUGGAAUUUCAUUGUAUGCAGUUCUCAAACAGGAGAUGAAAAGGUUGAAAGAGACAAUCCUGCACUUCAAAUAUUGCGUAGGGCUUAUAUGGAUGAGAUUACCCGAGAUUUGAACACCAUAACUCUGUACAACUACUUUGUAGUGAAAAGGAACUAUGAAGGAUUCACUCGUGGCUCGUUCAAGGAAUAUCUGCCUUGGCCCACCCAAUACAAACCACCACUCGAUUUUCGUCACCAUGCCCAAGAGUUGUGCCUCAAUGAAGGUAUAAUCGAUGACGAUCUGGUGAAUCCGAAGUAUAAUUUCAUGGCGCCUGACUUGGAAGACGAACUACAGCAGUUAAGGAAAGAAGAAAAGAAUUUGCGUGAAACGCCCGUUAUCAAUGAUAUGCAGAAAUUAGAAAUCGACAAGCAACUUGAUAUAAUAAGUCAGAAAAAGUGUAUUAUUGCUAAUAUGCAAUGUAUUAAAAAAUUAAAAGAAAUCAUUCAAAAGCACGAAGAAAUUAUGCCCACUCUCGAUGACAAGAUUAUCCAUACCAUUCUUCUUAUUUACCUCAGACGCAACAUUGAAAGUCAACUGCCAGAAAACUUUAUCUCCAUUUGGCUCAAGCGUGAAUACCCUGAAUUAAACGAAGAGGUCAGUGAAUUGAAUCUCUCUGAAAGUAUGCCUGAAAGUAAUAAAAUAUCUUUAACGACUGCUCUUGGCAGUUAUGUCUCCCAAAUUAUAUAACCAUUUAUAAAUUUUCUUGUUAGACGUCCUGUCCUAACUGUUAACGUUCUUCACACCACGAUGUACAUAGUAAAAGAGAAUCGAGCCAUCUGAAUCCACUAUGGCCAUUAGGAUUUUGUCUAUGCUCUCAAACUGUUUGUGUUCGGCUUCUUCAAUACCCUUGAAUAACAAGUCCAAAUUCUCGAGUGUUAAUUUUUUCCUCCCGCUGAUAGCUAGAACGUACUCAA